GCCGACAACAUCGACAUGCAGGAACACGCUGGCGAUGACAUAUACAUGCACAUUACUAGAGAUGAGAUACCAGACUUGCAUGAGGAUUCCAUUGUUCCCAUCGCUGACUCAACAACCAUGGAUGUGACUACCACAUCAAACAACACCAGCAUUAUAGAUUUCGACAUAACCGACCGGGAUGUUGACGAAGUCCAGCCCAUUAUGGAAACGCCACCACGAUGCACUCGACGAGACCGUGUUGGAAGACAGGGGCAUCGUGUACACUAUCAUUGAUGCUGUACUCAGAGGGGGUCGACGGUUUUGGCUUCCAGCCUAGGAUUUUCUAACGGAAAAAAGCGGACUAAUAAAUCGUCUACGAUAUGGCGUUGCACACGAAGAUCGAAAGCCUCACAAUGUCCUGUCCUCAUCCGCCAUCCGAGCGUGCUGACAAAAGGAGCUGAAACUGAAGGUGUGCGCAAAGGUUCGCCAGACCGCCCGUAGUGUGGUGAUCCGGAAAGCCAUGACAAUAGCGGAGAAUGCAUUGUUGGAGAACAGUGGGCCAGAUGACGUGGGGCGGCCAAAGAAGAACCUCUUGAAACGGGUUGCCAAUCGUGCGCGAUCAAAGCUUAGACCGGAAGAACCUAAGGGAUUAGAUUUUGAGUUGGACGGGUCCUUCAUCAACAAGGACGACUUUCUAGUUGCCGAUAUUCAGAUGGAAAGCCAGCGACACUUCGUUUUCGUGACGGAGUACCAGUUGUCUUUGCUGCGCGACGCCAAACGCUGGUACAUCGAUGGCACAUUUAAGGUAGUUGACGAGCCAUUCAGACGAAAUGGCCAACUUUUUUCAAUACAUGCGUUCAUCGAGAAGGCGGGACAGCUGAAGCAUAGUAGACGUACAAAGGUAGACUAUGCCAGCAAUCUAGAGUCGAUAAAGGAGAGGAUCGGGACAGCAUCUGUCGAAGGCUUUGUCGCAAAUUAUGAGCAAGCUGCAUGGCAAGCAGUGCGAGACAUGUUUCCGGGGGUUGAGAUGGAGGGCUGCGCAUUCCACUGGAGCCAGGCCGUGUGGCGUCAUGUCCAAUCUGUGGGGCUUGCAGAAGCCUACCGAAGGAGAAUUGGUGUUCACAACUUCGUCAGGAUGUUACUGGCCCUCCAGUUUCUACAUGCGGCCCACAACGCCCGAGCAGUGGAUGCACUGAGAGCAUAA